GUUGUUGUAUUACACAAACUCCAAAAGCCACUGCAGAGCUGACACGUACAGAAGAGAACAGUCUUAAGACAUCAAUCAGUAGCGCUUCCCCAGCGGAGAAGCCAAGAGAAGUUAGCUCUGAUCUCACUCUGCCUCCAUCCAGUUCAACUCUCUUCAUCAAGGACCCAUGGCGCCCACCGUGAUCCUGGAGCCCGCAGGCCGCAGCCUCUGGGACGAGCCGCUGCGCGUCGCCGUGCACCGCCUCGCCCCCCGGCAGCCCGUCACGCUGCGCGCCGCCCUGCGCGACGAGAAGGGCGCGCUCUUCCGGGCCCACGCGCGCUACCGCGCCGACGCCGCCGGCCGGCUGGACCUGCAGCGCGCGCCCGCGCUGGGCGGCAGCUUCGCGGGCCUGGAGCCCAUGGGGCUGCUCUGGGCCAUGCAGCCCGACAGGCCUUUCUGGCGCCUGCUCAAGCGGGACGUGCAGACGCCCUUCGUGGUGGAGCUGGAGGUGCUGGACGGACACGAGCCCGACCAGGGCAAGCUGCUGGCCAGCGCGGUGCACGAGCGCCACUUCCUGUCGCCCGGGGUGCGGCGCGUGCCUGUGCGGGAGGGCCGCGUGCGGGCCACCCUCUUCCUGCCCCCAGGACCUGGGCCUUUUCCUGGGAUAGUGGACCUCUUUGGAGCUGGAGGAGGCCUUCUAGAGUAUCGAGCUAGUCUGCUGGCUGGGAAGGGCUUUGCUGUGAUGGCUCUAGCUUAUUAUAACUAUGACGACCUCCCUAAGCACACAGAUGUUUUCCACCUGGAGUACUUUGAAGAAGCUGUGAACUACCUGCUCUGUCACCCUCAGGUAAAGGGCCCAGGAAUUGGGCUGCUUGGUAGUUCGAAAGGGGGUGAGCUCUGCAUCUCCAUGGCCUCUUUCCUGAAAGGCAUCACUGCUGCUGUCAUCAUCAAUGGCUCCAUCGCCAAUGUUGAGAUCACCUUGAGGUACAAGGAUGUGACCCUGCCCCCUCUGGGCAAAGACCUAAAUCGAACCAAGGUAAUCAAAGAUGGUCUUAAAGACAUUGUGGAUGUUCUGAACAAUCCUUUGGAAGGACCUGACCAGAAGAGCUUAAUUCCUGUGGAAAGGUCUGACACCACCUUCCUGUUCCUUGUAGGUCAGGAUGACCACAACUGGAAAAGACCUGGACCCUUCCCAGGGAUCAUUGACAUCAACGGUGUUGGAGGGGGCCUGUUGGAAUACCGAGCCAGCCUUCUGUCUGGCCAUGGCUUUGCCACACUGGCUCUAGCUUUUUAUGACUUUGAAGAUCUCCCCAAGGAUUACAGCAUCUUACAUGUGGACUACUUUGAAGAAGCCAUGCGCUACAUGCUUCAUCACCCCCAGGUAAAGGGUCCAGGCAUUGGGCUUCUGGGCAUUUCUCUAGGAGCUGAUAUUUGCCUCUCGAUGGCCUCAUUCUUGAAGAAUGUUUCAGCCACAGUUUCCAUCAAUGGAUCUGGGACCAGUGGAAUGAGAACCAUACGCUACAAGCAGACUUGCAUCCCACCAUUGGGCCAUGACCUGAGGAGAACCAAGGUCACUUUCUCAGGCAUUGUGGACAUUGUGGACAUACGAAAUGAUAUUAUAGGAGGGCAUAAGAAUCCCAGUAUUAUACCAAUAGAGAGGGCUGAGGGGCCCAUACUCUUCAUUGUUGGGCAGGAUGACCAUAACUGGAGGAGUGACUUGUAUGCCCAAACAGCCUCUGAACGAUUACAGGCCUAUGGAAGGGAAAAGCCCCAGGUCUUCUCUUACCCUGGGACUGGGCAUUACAUUGAGCCUCCUUACUUUCCUAUGUGCCCAGCUUCCCUGCACAAAUUACUGAACAAAACUGUGAUUUGGGGUGGGGAGUUCAGGGCUCAUUCUAAGGCCCAGGUAGAUGCGUGGAAGCAAAUCCUAUUCUUUUUCUCCAAACACUUAGGCGAUACCCAGAAGAGAGUUGCCUCAAAAUUAUAGUCUGUUUUUCUUGGUGCAACUGUGGUUGACAUGGGAGAUUGAAGUAUUCAGUAACUGCAUGGGAAUAAAUGGUCUCCUAAAUAACUUUAAAUUUCAAGUCAUUGGCAUUAAUGAAGAUUUUAAAUCACUUUAUUGAAUAUGCUUUAUGUGUCCUAGGGAGGAUAAUUGCAACUUCAUUUUGCCCCACAGCUCCAUUCUGCGCUAAAAACUUCAUAGCCUGUAGUUUUAUAGUUUAGGUUGCAGUUAGGCAUUAACAGCAAGCAAACUUAGCCCUACUUCUCCAAAGAAAGCCCUCUCCUUAGUUAGUUAAUUAUAAAACCUUACAAAGGAAAAGAGAGGAACAAACAGUUUUGACUUGAAAUGAUCAACUUGCCUAGUUUCACCUAUAUCUUGUGUGUCAACUAACCAGAUAUAAAAAAGAUUUUAUGACAUUCCAAAGAAAUAAUGUUGUAAAAUACGGUGCCCCUGACAAUCCACUGAUCUUGUGAACUCUCCAAUGUGUAUUUAAAGGGAAGCAGAACAAAGGAUCAGGGUCAGCAGCCUCAACAACCUGAAUUUGCUGCUGACCACUGCAGGUCCUGAAAUAAAACUUACUUGCUUCUCAA